AAUUUAAAAUGACAAAAAUCAGCUGAGUGUUGUUAAAUUGUUAAAAUUAUUAAAUUAUCAUUAAGAAAAAAUUUUUACAACAAAUAAUUUUCGUUUUAAAUUGUUCUAAAUACUAGAAUAUUUGAAAAUCAUUGAAUUGUAAUGAAAGGGCAAUUAAUCGAUAAUCAAUCUGUGUUCUAAAAAGAGAAAAAAAACGAAGAAUAAAAAAGUAACAACGUGUGAGUGAAAAAAGGAAUAAGCAAAAAAAAAACGAAGCAACAAAAAUUGAAAUACCAAACUGCAAUACAGAAUGGUUGUUGGUUCACAUCACAGCCGCCGUAGUGAAACUGCUAGUAAAUACGGAAAUUCUUCAGCGGCUGCCACUGCCACAGGCACUACUACCAAUAAUUCCACAUUGAGUAGUGUCACUGCCGCCGCCAAACAAACACACUCAAUGUCUUCAAAUGGUCAUUAUAGUUCUCAUAAUGGCGGUUCAAAUAAUAACAACGGUUAUCUCCUGCCUCUCAGUGGUAUUAAUGGCACCACUAAUAGCAUUGUAUCACGACUUUCACAAUCGACCGGCAUGACGCCAAAGGAAUUAUCGGAAAACGAUGAUUUAGCCACUUCAUUAAUUUUAGAUCCCCAUCUGGGUUUUCAAACGCACAAAAUGAAUAUUCGUUUUCGUCCUCUGAAAGUGGAUACGGCUCAACUGAAAGCCAUUGUUGAUGAAUUUAUACAAACACAAAGUUAUGAGGUGGCGGUUAAGAAAAUUUUCAGUGGACCUUGGCUGCCCCGAAGUUAUCGAAAUAAAAAUAAAAUGUCUAUUAAAAGACUGCAUGAUCAUAUAAUACGUUAUUUAAGAGUUUUCGAUAAAGAUAGUGGCUUUGUUAUAGAAGCCUGUUAUCGUUAUUCGUUGGAAGGUCAGAAAGGAGCCAAAAUAUGUGCCACAAAACGUUGGCAAAAAAACGAUAAAAUUGAAUGUUUAGUGGGAUGUAUAGCUGAACUUAGUGAAGCCGAGGAAGCGGCACUUUUGCACUCGGGCAAAAAUGAUUUCUCCGUCAUGUACAGCUGUCGUAAAAAUUGCGCCCAACUGUGGUUGGGACCAGCAGCCUAUAUAAAUCACGAUUGUAGGGCUAAUUGUAAAUUCGUGGCUACUGGUAGAGAUACAGCCUGCGUUAAAGUAUUACGUGAUAUUGAGAUUGGUGAGGAAAUCACAUGUUUCUAUGGUGAGGAUUUUUUUGGUGAUGGCAAUUGCUAUUGCGAAUGUGAGACCUGUGAGCGUAGGGGUACUGGAGCUUUUGCUGGUAAGAAUGGCAAUGGCCAGUACGGUUCGGAACAUGCUCUUACAUUGGGUCUCAAUGGAGCCUGUGUUGUGGGUGAUACGAAUGCUGUUAGUGGUGGCUAUCGGUUGAGAGAAACCGAUAAUCGUAUUAAUCGCAUUAAAAGUCGUGCAAAUUCAACCAAUUCCACAAAUACAGAUCUCACAAAUGGAGCUUUAAGUGAUAACUCUUCAGGGAAUAUAAACAACAAUAACAACACUACUGCAAGUCUCAACAACAACAAUAAUAAUGUUAACAAAACAAAACUAGACGCUGGUUCGCCUGAAAGUGUUAAAAAACCUGCUGCGGUAGUAGUGACACCAUUAACAAUGCAAGAAUUGCGCCAAAAAGGCAUGACAAAAUACGAUGCCGAAAUGAUUAUGGCCAAUACCAGGCAACAUACACCACACACACAUCAUUUACACAACCAACAACAGCAACAACAUCAUGCAAAUCAAACAGAAAAUCAUGAAACUCUUUUAGGACAAAGUAAAGUAGGGGAAAACGCUCCACGUACUUAUCGGGAAUCACUUAGAAAAUCUUCCCGUGUUAAUAGUACAAGUAGCACCAUCUCUUCUGGUUCCACAGAGGAUUUUGCUAGCUUAGCAAAUGUUAAUACACGAGGAUCAUCAAAUAAAGCCGCUACAGCAGAUGAGCCAAAAACAGGAGCUGCCACAACAACCAGCACGAACAGCUUAGCGACAACUAGAAGAAAUUUACGAAAAGGUGGUAGCGGUACCAUAAUGCAGCAUACAAAAACAACACGCUCUAAUGCGGGAGUAACAACACGACAUACACGUUCAACUGCAGCUGCCGCUUUGGGUUUAAAAUGUGAAAAUCUCUUAAAUAAUCAACAGACAGAAGAUAAUGUUAUAACAUUGGUGUCAGAAUCAGAACAGGAACAAACUGAUGUAGAGUCCAAUCAUACGACAGCGAUGAAAAUCACAGAACAGCAGAAUGAUCAUUUGCAUUCCGAUGAAAACGAUCCAUGUAAGCAACAGCAACCAGAAAAACGUUUGACCCGUAAUGGUGCCAUUACAACAACAAAAACAAGAGUGUUAAGACAUCAUCAAACUUUAACAGCAUCUUCUUCAGUGACAGAAACAUCAACACCAGCAACAGUGGAAGAAAAUGUUCAUCAAUCAUCAGUUGUAAAUUGUAAACAUACAAAACCUUUUACAAAUUUUAAUGUUAAGAAUACAAAUAAUGGUCAACAGUCUUCACUACAACAAGAACAUCAUCAGCAUCAUCAUCAUAAUCAUAACCAACCUGCGAAACGCAGUGAAACUGCAGCAGCAAACUUAUCAAACACAACAACAGCCAAUAACUCUGCAAACUUUGAUAACAUUAGUACAAAGGGUGAGAACAGGACUAGCUGUAGUAGUAGCAGUAGUUGUAGUAGUAAAAGCAACGUUAGUGCAACAAGUAUUGGACCAGAGCAAAAGAACAUUGGGGAUAACCAAGAACAGUCCUUGGAUAUUUUAGAAAAAAGCCAUAAUAGUAAUAAAUUGAAUAAUAGUAGUAGCCCUAGUUAUAAAAAGAAUUUGAUAGAAUCAUUUGAAGAAGUUGCCAAAGGCAAUAAUCAUAGUGUUAGUAAUAUUAAUUGUAGCAGUAAGAAUAUUAGUACUAGUAUACACGAAGAUUCUAAUAAUCUUACUGAAGAACCCCCUCCUCCUCCUCUUUUGCAACAACAACAACGUUUGAGACGUGCUGGGGCAGGACGUCGCACUAGUUAUUCCCAAGAACCUGUGAUAACAGACAAUUCAGCAACUGCAGCAACUUCUGUUAGUGCUGGUAUCAACUUGCGUAAACGUCAUCAUACAAAUAGUGAUGGGGCCAGCAGUACCACAUCAAAUAGCACUGCUAGCACAUUUUGUAUGAAUAGCACUAUAAAUUCUGGUUCAAAUCCUAUACCCGCCGUCGAACCCCUAUUGAAAACACCCGAAAGAAGGCUUAAGCUGACACUGCGCAUGAAAAGAUCACCUAUUUUGGAUGAGGUCAUAGAAUCGGGUACCAGUUUGAGUGAUGAAAGUAGUAGUGUUACAGGCGGCUCGACUUGUAGUCGUUCCUCUUCUCAUUCCGAACCCGUAGAAUAUGAAAUACUACGCAUGGAAGGUAUAACGGAGAAUGGUUUAGACUAUGGGGAAGAAAUGCCUCAUAAAAGGAAAAAACGUCAUAAAUCAAAAGAACGUCACCAUCAUCAUCACCACCAUCAUCGUAGGCACCACAGACGCAAUCUCUCCUCUAUAGAGGAGCUGGAACAGCAAAUUGAUAGUGAAUUAUUAGAUGCCAAAGAAACGACACCUCCACCGCCGCCACCCCCAACGUCUCAGACGUUGACGCCUCAAAAGAAACGUUUACGUUUGAUAUUUGGUAAUGAAACCCAUACCAUUGACAUUCCACCAACAACCACAAACGCCAACAAUGAAAGUAGUCUUAUAGAUGAUUCAAUUAAUGAAUCCACAGCUUCUUCUACUUUAAAUACAUCCAUAAAUAUUUCAAACCCUAAUAUUUCGGCAACAACAGUGUCAUCCUCAUCCUCCAACUCAAUGGUAAAUAUUUCUUUAACCUCUUCCACAGAAGCAGCAGCCUCCGCUUCGCCACCUCUAACAUCUUCGGCCUCAAAUUCCUCUUUUGCUUCGGCUUGUAGUGCCGCCUCACAAGCUGUUGCUUUUAACUUAGAAGAACCUUUAAGAGAACCUCUCAACUUAUCCAUGCCUAGCCAAAAACUAAUGGGCAACACAUUUCACAAUCUUAACGCAAAAUUCCCUGCAACAUCUCCUUCUUCAGCUGUUGCUGCUGCCACUGCUGCCACUGCUGCUCUAAUGCACAACAGCUUAAACUCUACUUCGGCUGCUAGUUUAGCUUCAGCCACCACAGCUGCCACCUCAAUAUUCUUAUCACAGGCUAUACCGAAACAUACUUUCGGCUCUUGUGCUUUAAUUGCACCCUCAUUUGCUCGUAAUUUAGUAAAUAAUACCGUAGUUUCGGUAGUCAAUACUUCACCACUACGUUUGCUUAAUAAUACUGUUGCUGCAUCGGCUACUACUGCAGCUACUUCGUCUCAUAGCUUCAAUUCAAACUCUCCCUAUGCUGCCUCAUCAUUACCAAUAAGCCUCACCGCUACUCUUACCACCACAAAUACCAAUACAAAUACUGCGACUACGAAAAAAAGUACUGAUCUCAUAACGCAUUGACACCCCGCAUUGGCGCACGCAAAUUGUUGUACAUCUUUAUAUACAUAAUGUUGUGUAUAUGUAAAUCGUCGUAUAGUUAGCUCUCUAAGCUAUCCGGUCCAUUUUUCAAAAGUUUAUUUCGAAUUUUUUAUUUGCUUUUUGGAAUUAAAAACACAAAAUUAAAAAAAGUGGGCACAAACUUUUAAGGAAGUUUUAAUAAAUUUGGGUUCAUUGUAGAAAAAGUAUCUUAAAUCCCGAGGCGAUGUUAUUAUAUCGUUAACGAAUCAGAUUUCUUUGUCGUCCUUAGUGAAAUUGAGGGAAAACAGUUGUAAAUAUCUUAAAAAUGAUAGUUACCACGAUUUUCGGUGUCUAAUGGCCACAUUAAGGUAAAAUGUAACAAACAGACUUUGUUAUCGAAUGUUAUUCUCUCUAUCAAUCGGGCAAGUGUCUAUAUUGUAUGAAUAAUGAAUACUUUUUCAAAGUAAAUGUUCAGAACUUUUAACAUUCUGAAAAUUGUAAAUAGUCUGGAAACUUUCGAUUAGUAAAUGUUUUUAAAAUCAUUGUAAAUCCAAAAUAAUUUUCUUUUGUAAAUGAUUACACUUUAAAACUCCAUCGGAUUGACAUGUGACUACUGAAAACUUUGCAUUGAGUAAGUCUUAGUUCGCAGGAGAUAGAGAGAUAGAGCUAAACAAAAAAUACUCAUUUGCUGAAAUGUUCAAAAAAUAUAUAAUGUUGUUUCCAUUUUAAAGGAACGGGUCAAAAUAAUGUUUCAAAAAAAUCUUUAUUUUAAAGUCCACACAUUGGACUUUCAGAUCACAUAACAGACUUUAAAAAUAAAAGUAUGAUCGCACGUUUUUUUUUUAAUCUUCAGAACACGAUAUCUCGAAAAAGUAUUGUGAUGAUAAAAUUCUGAGGAUAGAUUCAUAUUCAGUAGAGUCAAUCAUUUAUAAAAGUAUUUUUUAGUCUCUGAUCUGUGUAACUUAAGGAAUGCGACCUAUUGUCUCUUAAGUAAUUAUUGUAAUAAUUCACCUACAUCUCUAAAGUCUAUAUACACAUUAUAUAUCCUUAUAGAUGUCGAAAUCGUGAUGUUGGUCUGUUUGUUUUUUUAAAACAAAUUUCUGAAUGUCACAAAUAUCUUCGAGUUCUAAAUCCUCAAUGAUUCUAUAAGAUAGUCUUUCGAAAAGUUUGCUAUUAAAAAUCAUCAAAAACGUUUGGUAAAUAACGGAGAUAUGAGCAAAAUUUUCAAAAAAAAAAACCCAUGAUUUUUGAAUAUAUUUUGGGCGCCAUGUUUGGUAUGUAUACUUAUACAUAGGAAUUAUGUAUAUAAGAAGAAAGCUUUCAUUUGAUAGAUAUUAUAUCUAGAAAAAGUGUUCUUAAACGAGAAACAUCUGAAAAAUGGUCAAAAAUACCGUUAGCAGCAAGAUUUCGAUUUUUCAAUACAAAAUCUAUUUUGUCUACAACAUUUUCAACUAUAUUUCAGAACUUUCUAAUUGUAUUACUUUACAUUUUUAAACCAAAGUAUAAAUUACAAUUUGAGAUCAUUAAAUAAGUGGAAGAGUUAUUUUCUUACUUUUAACAAAUUCCAAACAAAAGAUUUCAAUUGGUAAAUGUGGCAAAAAAUUUUAUUAAAACUAAAUCCCUAUAAAUUGUUGUUAAAAUU